GGAAUCAUGAGCGCCACAAUAUUUACCAAAGCAGGAAUCCUUACUCUAGAUCUGACUUGGAACCAUUCAGGGUAAGCAGGAAGGACUUUUGGUUGCUCUCAACAGUUACCAAGAUUUUGAUGGAAUUCAUUCCAAAGCUUUCGCAUGAGGCCGAUGGUCUUAUUUUCAGGUGAGUGAGGAUCUUAAGUGGUCAAUUGACCAUAACAAAUGAUUACAACAAUUCUUUCUUCUUCUUAUCAUACUCAUAGAUUGCAAAGUACCUCUUUUAUGUUUUCUCAUUGAACAACAAUUCCCUUAUCAAUUCCCAAUGAAGCAACUGUACUUCUUAAUGUAUGCUGAUUCAAAAUUAUUUAAUUCUCAAGACUCUAGUUUUUCUUCUCUUCCCCCUUUCUUUUUGACUGUGGUUGAUCUAUAUAUAUGUUUUGUACUGCAAAGAGGAGCAACCUAUGUGCUUCAUGAUCAAGCUGAGAUUUUACCUUUUGGCUGGGGAUUGUUAUGUGCUUAAUACUUGGUUUCAAAGAAUUUUUAUUUGCAAGGGCUGGUAUGAUCCAUAUGUUCCCCUUACACAUGAAGGACUUCUAAAGUGGAAAUAUCCUGAAAUGAACUCGAUGGAUUUUCUGUUUGAGGUUGGGAAAAACGAUUGGCAACUGCUUUUUCUACACGAACAUGGAAAGAAGAAAAUAAUGGAAGGAAAUAGGGUCACAUUCAAAGAUGGUUCAGACGACUUCUGUUAUUCAGGAAAAAUAGUAGUGUUCUUGGGACUCUUGAAGCAAAUGUAUGGGCGUAUCAGGACCAAUAAAUCCACUCCCAAUGAAUUCAAUACCUACAGACAGGUUAUGAAAAGCAUAAAGGAUAAUAUUACGGAGGACAUCUUGUUGGACGAGAUAUAUGAGAUCAUUCGUCUGCUUAUAUAUGCUGAUAGGAUUCGGAAUGAUAGCAAAGCAGCACAGCAGCAUCUAGCAUGA